CGCGCGCGUUCGCAUCGGAAAAUCUGAAAAGCUGGCGAGCAUUUAAAAACAAAUUCGGCAGGUACAAUUGUUAGUUAUUUCCCCCUCACCCCCCCCAUCUCAGAUGACUAUUGCGUCUGCAAAAAUCCGUCGUAAUUAACCGUUGAUCGUUUACCGUUAUUUCGUUACGUUCGCAAUUUGUUAUUUAUUAAAGAAACAAGAAAAAAGAAUAAUUGUUACGCGUUUGUAGGAAAAUAUUACAACAAAUGCAAUGCAGUGAAAAUCAAAACAAAAAAUAAAAUGUUGGCUGCUUUUCGUGUUUUUUCGCGUACGUGUGUGUGUUUUUGUGUGGUUGAGUGCAGAAAAAAUAAAUAAAAACCUAAAAGCAACAAAUAAAUAAAUAGAAAACAAAAGCAAAAUCAAAAUCAAAGGCAAAUUACUUGCAAAGUAAGUGGAUUAUUUCAGAGUGUACGCGUGCGUGUGUGUGUGCUAACAUAUGUUGCAUUAUUUUGCAUAACAAUUUAUCAAAUUUUCAUAUUUUUUUCUAUCACAAAAGGCAUUGCCAAUCCAAAAGGUGUAAAUAAUUGAGGCCAAAAACUUGGCCCUUAUGCGUAUCGAAGCUCGGCUUUAGUGACUUUGUUUGAUUAGCAGCAGCAUGCCACUUUCGGCCACAAUGUGCCGAGGCAAUUCCAAAAAAUUGCCUCUCUUGUCACAACAGAAUCUCAAUUUGCAAUCUCUGAUUAAUAACCAUGUAAUUACUAAUAACCAGUAAUUACCAAUCAUCAAAAGUUCCACUUGAAAUACAAAUAUUUAACAAAAUGGCAGCUGCUGUCUUGGAGAUUAAUGAAAGCAAAUUGGAGAUGGUUUGCGAUGAGUGCGACUUCUAUGGGUCAAACGACACGAUAUUUAUCGAUAAUAGUACCCAAACCGAUAACUACGAUGAUGAUGAAGAAACGGAGCUAAAGCCUCUGAAACCCAGAUUGAGUCAAAUUAUUGAAGAAGAUUUGGAAACGGAAGGAGGUGUCAAAGAGGAGGAGGAAAUGCAGGUGGAGACAAAUGGUAUACGAAUCGAUAACGAUAACAGUAAUGAUAGCGAUGGGAAAGCUACGAUAAAUGGUGGGGAAGCAAAAGAAGCUGAUGACGAUGAAGAUGAUGAUGUCUUUGAAGAAGCUCCAAUUGAAGAGGAGGUACCAGCUGAGUCCGAUGAUGAAGAGGAGAUCGACGAUGUGGCCAGACUGACGGGCCUAGCUUUCGGAAUGGGCUAUGCCCGCAUCAUUGACUACGAUAACUUGCGCAUUAUCGAACAUGUUAUCGAAAGCGACGAUGAGGACGAGAACGAUGGUGCUGCAGCUGGUACAGCAGCAACAUCGGCCGAAUUGCAGCAGGCCUGCCAGGAUUUGGUGACUUUCAUCGGUGAAAGCUAUCAGGUAAUCGAAAGGUCAGGUCACAAUCGUGAACCACCGGCCAUAUUGUCGGUGGUGGACAACAAUAAUAACAAUCGCAGCAGCGAAAUAUCCACAAAUGGUCGUGGCCCCAUCAAUGAAAGAUCAAAGGCCGGUCGGAAAGUGCAAAACGGACAGCAGGCAAAUCAAAAGGCAUCUACAAGUGCAUCUGCAACUAGCAACAGUAGUAACAGCAACCCCAGCAACAUCACAGCAGCAACAUCUACAAGCAGUGCUUUGAUAAAGGCUUACAAAUCGAACCUUACCCCAUUGGCACCACCCUUUCAGCCCGCCGCCUUGAAGGCCAAGCAGCUGCAACAAUCGUCGCUGCCCAGCGGCAACAUGUCGUCGGUUACGACAACAACAACCACUGCUUUGGGCUAUACCGCCUACGAGCAGACAACGGUCUAUUAUCAGCAGCAAAUUCAACAGCAGCAGCAGCAACAACAGCAGCAACAGCAGCAGCAACAGCAGCAGCAACACCCACAUCAGCAACAGUUGUCACCCAAGCAGCAACAGCAGCAACAUCAGCAACACUGUGCUCACCAUGGCGGCCUGCCGCAUAUUCAUGGCGCCCAACUGCUGCCCGUGCAGUUGAUCACCUUGCAACCAAAUGGAGUUACAGCAGCAGCAGCAGCAACAGCAGCAGUUGCUGCUGCAGCAGCAGCAGCAGGAGCCACUGUGACAGCAGCCACUCCCGCAGCAACAUCAGCGGGUGGUGCCGCAGCAACAUCUUUGACUGGCGCCGCUUGGCCACUUGUGGAGGCGCCAAUUUACAUCGACAUCAAUGGUGAAUAUCGCAGCUAUUGCCCGGCACAUGGACCGCCGGCGGUGACAGCCCCAAAUGGCGCCAUCGCCCAUCAUCCCCACAUUCACACUCAUCCCCAUCCACAUGUACAUACCCAUUCGCUUGGCCAUCCACAUACCCAUACCCAUACCCAUCCACAUCACGCACAGCAGCAACAGCAACAGCAGCAACAGCAGCAGCUUCAUCAUCACCAUCAGCAACAUGGGCAGCUUCAGCCACAUUUAACGCCAACGGCUGUGACAAAUGUUAAUGGAAACAUAGCACAGGCAGCAGUAGCAGCAGCAGCAGCGCCUAGAUUGCUACUGCAACUGGACGCAGCCACUGCUCAGCAGCAACAGCAACAGCAGCAGCAGCAACAGCAACAGCAGCAGCAACAGCAACAAAUCGUGGCCGCUGGCAAGCGUAGCAAAGUUUAUCGAGGUAAGCAACAAUCAAAGAUGAUCACGUAUACGCCCUGUUUCGACUUGAAGUGUCCCGCCGUUCAGAUGGUCUCCCAGAACCGACCCCCUCCCCCGAUGCCGGUGCCCGUCCAGGUGCCCCAGUACGUCAACGAGAACGGGACGCUGACCCACGUGAUGCUCUCGCCGCAGCAGUACCAGCAGCUCCAUCCUGGCCAGGGACACCUCCAUCCAGCGCCAUUCAUAAGCGCGAAUGGCACUUCGCAUUUCUACACCCCGGUGGCGGGUUAUCCUGGCCCAGGACCUGCGGCCAAUGGGCCACCACACUUCCAUUUGCCGCCACCACCACCGCAGCAGCAACAACAACCACAACCACAGCAGCAGGCGCCCCAAGGAGCACCUCCCCCACAACAACAACAGCAGCAGCAGCAGGUGGCACAAUCUUCAGUGCAAGUAGCACCAUCUGCAGUAUCCACUGGAGGAGGAACAGGAGCCCAAGGCGGAGGAGCACCAGCACCACCCACUGGGCAGGCCACCCACUCGCACGCCCACUCACACGCCCACUUGCACACACACCCCCAGCCACUCCCACAUUCCCCGCACUCACCCUCGCCGCCCAACUACCGGGAUGAGCGCAGCCAGCGGCAGCACAACAAGCUGCUCAGGAAGCUGGAGAAGCAGCGGGAGUCCAAUCCCCCGCACUCGCCAUCUCCGCGCCGUGCCAACGAACUGAAUGGUCACAACAACAACAACAACAUUCCUCCGGGCGUGACCCUGCCCGGCCACCUCAGCAGUCACCACCACGUGGUGAGCCACCAAGGACGUCGCCUGCCCCAGCAGCCGCAGCACCAGGUGCAGAGCCACCAGGUGGCACAGCAGCAGGCCAGGAACGGGAAUCAACAGCAUCAGCCCCAGAGAACCGGGAGCAGUGUGGGCGGCGCCAGUUCCGUAGGAACCUCCGAGGACGGCGAGGAUAAUUCCAGCCUGGCCGGCGAUGAUGAGGAGGAAUACCACAGAGAUAACAUCAUCAUAGAGCAAAUCUCGGCCAUUGAGAAGCCAGAGGUGAUUGAUGUCACGGCGCGGGCGGCCAAGAUCAUCUGGGAGAGUCCGGCCAUAGCGGAUACCGUGACGGUGGACAUGCGACUGCUGCGUUACCAAGUGCUCCUCUGUGAUUCCGGCAAGCAGUGCAAGUACAAGAGCUUGUACCAGGGCGAGGCCUACGAGUGCAUUGUGCAGGAUCUGCAGCCUGGUCAGGAUUACCUAGUGCGUCUGCAGGUGCACUACGAGAAGUUAUCGGGAGCCGUCAGCGAUCCCACGGAAUUUCGGACGCCAGCCUGCGAGCCUGACCCGCCGCCGCCUCCAAAACUGGUAUCCCGCAACAAGAGCUCCAUAAAUCUCCGGUGGACUGCUCCGGCAGCGAAUGGGGCCAGCAUACAGCACUAUCUGCUGGAAUACGAUGAGGGCAGAAUGGCGGGGCAACCGCAGAAGUUCGUCGAGCUGGCCAAGAUUAAGACCAAACACUAUGUCAUCGGGAAGCUGCAGCCCACUACGGUGUACAGCUUCCGCUUGGCGGCGGUCAACGAGGCUGGUCAAAGUCCCUAUUCCCCGGUGGCCAGCUACAGCACCUCUGGCAAUCCUCCGCCAGUGCCGCGACCUCCUCAGCUGCUGGUCAGCAGUUCCAAUUCCCUGAAACUCGGCUGGGAGCGGCGGGCCCAGGAUGGAGACUUCCUGCUGCAGCUGCAGGAUGCGGAAUCGGGCCAUGGCUACCUGAACACCUACAAGGGUACGGAGCUGGUAACGGAGUGCCUGCAAUUGCGGCGGGCCAGCAGCUAUCAAUUCCGUCUGAGAUCCGAGAACGAGGCGGGCUUCUCGCCCUGGUCGCCGGAGGUUAGCUACCGCACCCUGGCGGAACGUCCUGGCAGACCCGGCAAGCCGCAUGCCAAGGGAAAGAUCCAUGGCACUCAGUUCAAGGCUCGCUGGGAUGUACCCGGCGAUACUGGUGGUGCCGAGAUCCUAUGCUACCACUUGGAGCUAAGUGCCGCGGGUCCAGCCUUUGAGAGGAUCUACAGUGGCGCCGAAACAGAGGCCAUGUGCGAGAGGCUCCAGCCGGGCACCACUUACGCCCUGCGAGCCUGCUGCGAAGGUCCCGCAGGUCAGAGCCCCUAUUCCGACAUAGGACACGUCACCACGGAGGCAGUGGCGCCAUCUGCUCCGCCUCCACCGCACUGCAGUGAUCCUCCCUCGCCGUACGCCGCCCUCCUGAAGCUCCAGCAUCCGGAGUACAAUGGCGGAGCACCCAUCCUGGAGUUCGAGGCCCAGAUGCGUCGCCUCGAGCAAGUGCAACCGCCACAGGUGGUGUACCGCGGCAAGCAGGCCUACUUUGUGGCCCAGGAUCUUACACCAGGUGGCAUGUACGAGGCCCAAGUGAGGGCCAUCAACCGAGUUGGCGCCGGCAACUGGUCGCAGUGGAUGCGGUUCACGGCCGCAGCUGCUGCUCCCGGAGUUCCUGAAGAGUUGCGCGUGCUGGUCAAGUCGGCCACCCAUCUGGGUGUCAGUUGGCAGCCGCCGUUGCAGGAAAACGGUGCACCAGUGACCAGUUACACCCUGAAGAGUGCCAGCCAGGAGAGAAGCGAUGAGGAUGCCGAGCAGGAGGCCAAGGAGCCGCCCAGCUCCGAGUUCCACAACUGCUAUCAGGGACCGCAAACCUGCGCCGAACUGAGGAACCUCUCGCCCUAUACACGCUACCAUUUCCGCAUCCAGGCGAGCAACUCGGCCGGCACGGGAACCUCCUCCGACGUGAUUAGCGUGUGCACUCCGGCCGCAGUGCCCGGUGCUCCCCAAAUGCAGGGCUACGAGUUCACCGCCCAGGAGGUGACCCUCAACUGGACGCAACCGGCGGCCCAUGGCUCGCCCAUUUGCUCCUAUAACAUCGAGUACGGGGAGAGGACCAUCGCCACUCCGGAUGCCUGUACAAGGUAUACGGUCAGUGGCCUGAUGCCCGAAACCGGCUACAAGUUCCGCGUGCAAGCGGUCAACGCCAUUGGAGCCGGAGCCUUUAGUGCCUAUGCCAAGCUGACCACCCAGCCGGCUCCUCCGGCGCCACCUCGCCUGGAGUGCAGCGGUGCCGGGCACAACUACAUCAAGCUGAAGUGGGGCGAGAAUGGAGCCAACGGCAAGGUGGCCAACUCCAAUCCGUCUGGAAAUGGCGGCGACUUUACCAAGUACUUUGUGGAGAUGUAUGUGGCCCGGGCGAAGCAGUUCCAGGCCGUCUACUCCGGCACCAAUUGCAUGUGCAAGGUGCACAAACUGCAGGAGCGGAGCAGCUACACCUUCCGUAUCUAUGCCCACACGGAUCGCGCUGGGGAUGGGGAUUACUCAGAGGAGUUCGUCUUCGAGACCUCGGCCACUCUGCCGGCGAACAUAAAGCCACCGCGUGUCGUCCAGGAGGGUAGCGUUUGCCUGAUGGAGCUUCCCGGCCAACUGGGCAUGCAGCUCACCCUGGAGUGGCAGCACUCGAAGAACUCCUUCCACGAUCGCGUGGAGUACGAGCUGCAGUACGCGGUUUUGGGCGCCGCGGAGCUGGAGGGUGAAUCGCUGUCGCCCAAGGGUCGCAGCAGCAGUUCCAGUGGCAGCUCGAACGGAGCUCCAGUUAAUUUGCCCAACCAUGACUACAGGCAGUUGUACCGCGGCCCAGAGACCAAGUUCACCAUCGACAAUCUGGCCGCCGGCACUUGUUACCAGUUCCGUGUGUGUCCCGUCCGGAUAGCGGCGGGCGGAGAGCUGCUCUACGGCCAGCCGUCGAGUCCGUUGCGCUACCAGGUGCCCAGUGAGCUGGAUCCCAGCUCGGCGACCUGCCACCACCACCUGCACGGCUCCACAGCGCCACCGGCGGUGGCCACUAGCCAGAGAAGCAGCCGGAAACUGUCCGCCGGCAAUGGUUCGACCAAUGGCCUCCACAUGCGAUCGGUGAGUGCGUCGGCCAUAAGUGGAGCGAGCGGCGUUGGAGCGGAUCCAGUGGCGAUUGGACGACUGCAGCAGGAGCUGUCCGGUUUCAAUGCUUGCGCAGAUCCCCUGCAUCACCAUCAUCAUCAUCACCACCACCACCAUCAGCCGUGUGGCGGAGGAGGUGGAGUUGUCAUCGGAGGAGGAGGCGGAGCCGGAGGAGCCACGGACUCGCACCACCAGCAUCAGCACCACAUGCACCACUCGCAUCACAUGCACCACGCCCACCAUCCGCACACCGGCAUGGGCGUCAGCUCUUCGAGUUCCAGCUCCUCAACGGCGGCGGCCAUCUCCUCCAGCCUGGCCCAGGCGGGCGGCUUAAGGCGGAUCGUCGGUAAGCUAACUUCACUGUACUCCAACCGGAGGCGUCUGAGUGACCAACAAAAGGCCGUCUGCAUUGUGGUCUCCUUCCUAGUGGGCACCUUCCUGGUCGCCAUGCUCGUCAACAUGUUGCGGGGCUAAAAAGACACAAGGUCUUUAAAACGAAAAGAGAAACACAAAAAACUGGCGCCCAACGUGGGACAACACAGGAAUUUGCAGGCAAAGCGACAGGCGAAAAAUUAAAAAACAAAUAUGAAACACUUUAUGUCUCAAAAAAGUGAUUUAAACCAUUAGUUGUAAUUAUGUAUUUUUUAUAUAUAUACCGUAACAAAAUCAAACAAAAUCAAACUGUAUAUUGUCUAAUUUUAAACAAACAAGCAGAACACACAGGAAAUCAAAAAAAAAAACAUAGCGAAAAGAAAAGGUAUAGAAAUGAGGAAGAAAUGAGAAAUGAGCUGAGAAGGCAGAAACAGAACCCCCAUUAUUGUAUUAAAUGUACACAAAAACUGCAACGGCAUACAUUCACACAGCUAAAUGUUAUUAAUGGUAUUUACUUAUAAUAUUUGUUGUCACAAAAACCGAAAGUCUAAUCUCCAUAUGUGCUAUAAACAAAAGAGAGCUGAGCAGCCAGCGAAAAUGAAAGAAAAGAACCUAAAGGCUCUUCAGUACUUGUCAAAACCUGUUCCGAAAAAUGCUUCUCAAACUGUUACUUUCCGUGUGGCCCCAAACAAUUUGCAUUUGCCCCUUCCGGCGGGUUUGUAAUAUUCCUGUAAAAUACGUGUAGAACUAGCAUGUGUGUGCAAGAGCAAGAUUUUUUUACAAGGCCCAUUUUUUGUAAAAUGUAUUCCAACAUAACGAUUGUAGAUAGCUGGUCAACAAAUUGCACCAACUAAUGACACUCCUAAGUAGCUAAAAAGUAACCGAAUUGUGAGGGGGGGCGCACCGCAAAUUGAGGUCGGAUGGGCAAAUGCAUAACGAAUAAUUAAACGAAAAGUAUGAAUUUAUUAGACUACUAGCUACAAGUAUUCAGUGCUGUAUAAUUGUUUCCCCUGAUCGCUCCAAUCUACGCAGAUAUAUAAAUAUAUAUAUAUACAAAAAAAACAUAGAUAUAUGUAAAACAGCAGACGCUUCUUUCAUUCUCACAAACCUUUUUAUACGAAUUAUUACACAAUUUAUUAUAAACAUAUUAUACGACAAGCAGAAAUCGAGAAAACCAAGGCAACCCCAGUUGGGGCUGCUAUAUCCGCUGGCAAUCCAACUGUUGCAUUUCACAACCAACCAACCAACAAACAACAAGAAACCAACUAAACAAAUUCAACCCGACACUUUUCGUAGGCUGUCCCAUGUGGCUAUAGCAGCCCCCACUAGGCAAAGUGAUUUAUAUUCCAAUUAUUAUUAUUUUUCUAAUUAAAUAAAUUAAACUAAAUGUAAUUGUUUCUUUCCAUAGCAUUUAAUGUGAAUUAUACAAAACGGAAUCUUAUCUAAAAAAUCACGAAAAAUCAAAAAAAAAAAAAUACACAAAACAAAACAAAUGUUUGUUCAUGUAAAGCAUAAACAUUUGCUUGAUGCAAAUUAAAAAAAUUAUAUAUAUAUAUAUAAAUAAUUAAAUAAAUAAACUUAAAUCGGAAUCAAAUGAUAAAUAAAUGGAAAUUAUGUAUGUUUCUAUGUUUACAACUUAU